GUCAACGGCGACACGUAACAAUAGGCUGGGCGCUGGCGCGGUACACAUGCUGUUUACAUUCUACACGUCGCAUCAACAUUGCAUGCAUCGGGGACGGACCGGCCUGGAUACACGCCACAAACAGCUUCAUUCAGGAAGAUUGCCUUGUUACACUGAAACAUCACAAAGGAUUCAGAAGCAACUCCCGUUUUAUUUAAUAUUUAAGUGAGAAAAUAUAAUAAUAACACCAUGAGUAACAUUGAAAUGUCAAACAGGGAUCCCUAUCCUUUCGAGAAGUUGGAGAAUGACACAAGCUUUUUUGGUACAAACGAAACACAGAAAAUGCCAUAUGGUGAACCAACACAUAUAGCACAGACCAAAGACCCAUGGCAGAGACUCAACUCAACAUGCACACUAGCUAGCUCAAGGCGAGAAGUGUAUCACCAUGAUCCAAAGGCUCCUAGAGAUAGUUUGGAUUUCAUUCUCAAGGCAAAUUAUGAUCACCAUGGUGAACUACUCAAGAAUAGAUCAGAAACACUUAUGCAACCUGAAACACUGGGCGCCAAUCAUGGACGUAUCCUGAAAAACCGAGUGCCAGAAAAGGUGGCUGAGCCUGUGUCGCCCACUGGCAAACUGACCAUUGUCAGCAUUCACACCCCAAAGAAAGAGAGCAUCCACAGUGUGAAAGGGGCCAUUGAGAGUCAUCAUACACCAGCUACCAAUCAAGGGUUCUCAAGAAAACAUGAUGGUGGUUUCUACACAACAUGAAAAUCAUAUCUAUUAUCAACCCUCUGUUCCUGUAUAUACUGAAUACCAAUAUGCUGGAAGCAUAUUUGUGAAAAACUUUCAAAUAUAAUAAUUGCGAUGCUUCUGUCUUGUUCUGUUCCAGUCUUUAUCUUGUUGCAUUACCUCAGUGAACUUAUACGAAAGUGUUAAACUUAUUUUUUACAUGCAAUACUAAUACUUUAUCCCUUUAUGACAAAUUAAUCAUGUUUUAAAUCAAUGCAUAAUUCAUAAUAUUAAUUUAAAUAUUAGCUAACAUUUGGUUGUGAAGCUGGUAUUCAGUAAAGCGAAUGUUAGACGGGGUAGAGAGACGCGGGAAGCUACUUUUGGGGUGGGGUAUAAUCUAGACCAAACUGGAAUGGAUGUGUAUGUAUCAGAUAUCUUUGUGCAAAUUCAAUUCAAAUUUGAAUAUUUAAAAAAUUGUAUUAUCUUCAGUGCCUGAAUAUAAGGAAUAUGAUAGUAUAGUUACAUUGAAUAUGCAGACAUUGUUUUAAAGUCCGUCCAUGCUAUAUAUCAUAUCUCCAAAAUAGAAAAACGAAGUGCUCAUCAGUCAUCUAUCUAGUGGAGUAUGAUCUUUUGUGUUUUUCACAUGAUGCCUUUGGAGUUUUUUGCUUUUUAUACAGUAUUUUUAUGGAAGAUAUAUUUUAUUGUCAUAUUACCAGUUAUUUAACUACAUCCAACAACAGACCACUUGAUUGUUCUUGUAUUGAAUAUUUAUGCAAAUUGUGCUUUUAAUGAUUGGACUAUUAAUCCCCUCUUAUCUUUAUGGUCUAUUUGGCUGAUGGAUUAAUUUUGUAACGCAUCUUGGUGAAAUUGAUCUUUGUAAACAAUAGUAGCUUUGAAUCAUGUCAUGUAAUUGAAUCAUGUAUAGAAAAUCUAUAGAGAUAGAGAGUAAUUAAAGUGAGAUGUAACAUAA